GUUUGACAAACGCGCACAAUUGCUGCGAAGCUACAGAAAUGCGCCAAACGGGUAGGUGCAUGGAUGGUGAGGUGAGCGGAGAUUUGGUGUUUUGGUGCAGGCACGCUCCGCCAAGGUGUAUAGGCUGCCGAGGUUAAGUGGCUGGUGAGGAACGGUGAAUGUUUGGUCUACAACAGCAAAUACACGUCACCCCCUGGACACCCUACAACGGCAACAGCAAUGGCCAUGGAUCAGUAGACGGCCGAACACACUCGCACACGCACACGCCAGACGCAAACAUGGCGGCUCUCUACGAAGACAUCAGCGGGUCGCGCUACCUCUCGUCGUCCAUCUCGUCGCUCUCGGCGUCGCGGCAGCAGUCGUCGCAGAUUGCCAAGGCCUACCGCCAGGCCGCGCAACUGUUCCUCACGCGACGCCUGCCCGAGGCCCUGUCGACUAUCGAGCCUAUCAUUACACCGCCGCCCGUUGACGACGCCGAGGACAGCAAGCCCAAUGGCGACGUGGUAUCCCACGCCCCCGUUGCAACGGCCUCGCGGGGCACGCGUGUCAAGGUGUGGAGCUUCUACCUGACCUUCCUCAAUGCGGUCGUCGAGCUGGGCGCCGAAGAGGGCAAGCACGCGUUUGGAGGCGCGCGGUGGAAGCAGCUCGUGUCCAAGUGCCGCGACGGCAGCGUGUGGGACGAUGUAGUGCGCGACGGAUACGCCGGCGUCGACGGCGACGUGGAUGCAGACGUCGUCGUGAACCUCGCUACCCUUCUCCUCACGCACUCGCCCUCGCAGCGCCUCAACCAGCAGAAGCUCGAAACGUACCUCUCGGCUACGGCCCACCCGACCCUCGACGUCUCGGCCCACAUGGCCUCGCCCUCGUACCAGCAGCGUCGACCCCAGCCAUCGCGGCAGCACACGGGCACCGAGACGCCGCGCGACCUCAACACGCGCAUCAAGCUCCUCGAACUCUACACGCUCCACGUCCUGCCCCGCAACGAUGAGUGGGACUACGCACGCGACUUCAUCACCAUGUCCGAGGUCCUCGACGACGAGCGCAAGGAGGCCUUCCAGCUCGCCCUGCACUCGCUCAAGGAAGAGCGGGCAGACGCCGAGGCACGCGAAGAUAAGCUGCGCCAGCAACAGCAGGAGCAGAUGGAGGAGCGCCGCCGCGAAACCGAAGCACGCCGCCUGGAACAGUCACGUGCCGAAGACGAACGACGGAAGAGGGAGGAAGAGAACAGACGGCAGCCCAGAGGCUCGGACCAGCAACCACACAAGCCCCACCCGCAACCGCAAUCUUCUCGAACCUCACGCCAGCCUGCAAAGAAACCCGUCACUCCGCCCCCUGGCCUGUACAAACGUGCCUCGACCCUGCUUUCGUCCAUGCACACUUCCAUAUCCUCCACGGCGCAUCACAUGACGACAAAUCCAUUGGCUUUUCUCCGCACCAUCAUGUUCCUGUUGGCACUUUCUCUGGCGGUAGGACGACGAGACGUGCGUGAGCGUAUCCUGAGGAUCGUGAGAAACGGGUGGGACAAAGUGAGGAGGACGGUGGGCAUGGGCGUGAAGGUUUCCUACAUCUAAUUUACCUUUUUACCCCUGCCAUCUUAUCCCACCGAUCUGCGAAAUACAUUUUUCUUGGCUUUGCAAAGGUUAAUUUAGAGUUCUGCUGGUUGCUUUUUUUUUGUACUGUAUGCAGAUAUGAUAGUAUACGCGUUCCGUCUCCCCCUUGUCCCAGCUAUAUUCACAUAUACACCCACAUCUAAAUCUACACCACCUUCCCCAAAGCCUUCCUCCGCCGCCCGAGCAUAUACGCAUACACCCCCCACGCCCCCACCGCACAUCAGCACCCCCUCGAUCCACCUCACCUAGCCCAUACAACCCCAAACACGCAUAACUCCCCACCUGAACCACCUUGCUAACACCCCCUACCAACCCAACAGCCCGAA